CUUGAGGCCUGUUGGCUUGCUCUGUUGUAUAAGGAAAUAAUUAUAGGGAACAGAACGAAGCAAAGAAGAUCAAUACCCAUCUCAAGAACACAACAAAAGAAAUGCAGAGAAGAUUGAUUCUCAAACUUGCCUCAAACUUCCCCACGAAACUCUGUGAUUCCUCCAUUAACACCUCCUCUUCACACUUACUCUCUAAACCUUACAAAACCUUCGCUUCCCUCACCAGAACGCCCCAAACCCAAACCCAAAACCCCUUCCUUACCCACCCACUUUCCCAAUACUUCUAUUCAUGGCGGUCUUUACACGGUUUCUCUGAAAAACUUCGUGGGUUCCUCUCCAACCCACUUCUUGCUAACCAGAUUUUGGCUUCCUCGAAUACCCUCUUUCAUGUUUCGAGGAGGGGUCUCUUGGAUUCUAGAGUUGGCUUUCUGAAAGUCCAAUUUCGCAAGCAGAAUUUUGACUUCAAUUCUAAUUUUCAUACGUAUCGGCGUGGCUGGAGAUCAUGGUUCCGUGGGCUAACAACUAAUGACGUGGUUUUGGGUUUAAUUAUAGCUAAUGUCGCUGUUUUCCUGUUAUGGCGAAUUGGUGAUUAUAAAUUUAUGAUGAACAAUUUUACUAUUUCACUUGACAAUAUUAAACAUGGACGUGUGCACACAUUGAUAACUUCUGCAUUCAGUCAUAAGGAUGUGGAGCAUAUCAUUUCUAACAUGAUUGGACUAUAUUUCUUUGGUAUAAGUACUGGAAGAAAUUUCGGGCCUGAAUAUUUGCUUAAAUUGUAUCUAGCUGGAGCAAUUGGUGGCUCUGUUUUUUAUUUGGUGCAUCAUGCCUUUUUGGCCUCCCAAUCAAAGGGCAAACUGCUAUGGAACGACCCUUCAAAAACACCAGCAUUGGGUGCAAGUGGGGCUGUCAAUGCUAUCAUGUUGCUUAAUAUAUUCCUCUUUCCAACAUCUACGAUAUAUUUCGACUUCUUCAUACCGGUUCCUGCCAUGUUAAUGGGGGUCUUCCUAAUUGGCAAAGAUAUCAUGAGGAUGCUACAGGGAGACUCGAACAUCUCAGGAUCUGCACACCUGGGUGGUGCUGCAGUUGCAGCCUUAGCCUGGGCACGACUUCGAAAGAGACAUUUCUGAAUCUUGUAAAAUGGCUCUGCAGAUUAGUUUCUUCAUCUUUUUUGCCUCUUUCUAUGUCAAAAGGAGAGAUUAAAACAUUUCUAAGCAUUUGGUUUUUGCUAAUUAGAACAUACCUAAACAUUAAUUAGUAGUUUCGUAAAGGUUUUUCUCUUGGUUAACGUCCCAAUCAAGUAUUGAAACCGAGCUCUUUUAUAUCUUCUUGAGCUGUUGAUUUGUUAUCGUUAUUUUGUAGGUGGUACUCCCAAUGCCAAUUGGAAUGUGAAAUUCUGUUGAAGUACACACUUUGAAAGAGAAAAUAGAAAGAAAGCUUUUGUUUAUUUAUUUA